AUGGUAAAUCAAUCUUCGAACGAUGCUCUCGGAGAUUGGAGGAUUGUUGACGAGACUUUGAGUAUGGUCCUUCCGGACAAAGAGCCGUCUUUGUAUCAACCACCAAUCCCCGACCCAGCACCUCCUUCCCCGCCGCCUCUCCCAAUGAGCGAGCUAGUGGCUUCAAUUGAAGCCAAAGUCCAGCGAGCAGCUGUGGCUGCUCGACAGCAUCUUCUGGGGCCCUUGUACGCCCAUCUAUCUAAUGUACAAGUUGACUGGUCACUGGAGGGCCAGAGUGUUUGCCGUGUGGUUGGUAUGAAAUGCCAUGGAAAGAAAAUGCACAAGGUUUAUGAUCUUAAGAGGCAUUUGGUAAACGAUGAGCACCGAAAUUACAAUGCAGCACUUGCUGCUGCGCAGGCCGAGCCUGCCUCAUCUCCAUCUGUUCCCGAACCACCAACCCCGGUCGCGCCUGCCCCUGAGAUGGUGCCGCCAGGGGAUGGAAAAUCCCGUGGCAAGGCCACUAAACGUCCCAGGCUGGCCCUGGAUGCUAUAAUUCCGGAUUCGGAGGGUGAGGGUUCGGAGGAUGUUUUUUACCAUGAGCCAAGCCCGAAACGACUCCGCCGUUCGGCGAGAACUUCGGUGCGGCGACGUCAGUUUUAG